CACCUUCCAACUGUGCUUCAAUGCCUUUUCUAUCAUGCCUCUGAUCUUGUAAGCUUCAAUUAUAGUGACUCUGAGGACUGUCAACUUCUCCUAGGGCAGAUUACCCCCCAGUGCGCCAAACGCCAUAGCUCACUCGUUAAGCUACGGAAUCGAUGGCGCAUGUCCCUAAACCGUACAGGACAAAGCUUGGAGCAUCUGCACUUUGGUGUGUGCACCUUGGGCUUGCGGCAGAGAGCAAGGGGUGGCUAUUCUGGGAGCCCUCAAAGAAUGUGCUGUUUGACAGUCGGGAUGUCAAAUUUGUGGAGAACAUCAUGUAUGGCAAGUGGGAGAAGCAGCCGGAGGCAAGGGUCACCCAGCAGCUGGAAGAGAUCACUAUGCAUUUCGAUCUGUCCGAACCUGAGGACAGCGAAGUCACUGCGCCAACGGCAAGCGGUACUGAUGAAGGAAGCCAUGAGGAUAUUGCAGCUGAUGCUGAAGUCAAGGAUCCGGAGCAGCAGCAGCAAGAGGCUUCCAAAACACCAAGUCUGCCAAAGCGAAGGAAACAGAUUGGUGGGGGGACAAAGGAUUGGGUGAAGGUGAAAGAAUGGGUAAAUCCA